GCGGCGCUGGGGGCGGCAGGUUGCGGCGGCGCCUGAGCGGGUCCCCAGGCUGGCGAGCGCCCAGGUGAGCAGCGCCGGGUGCCGGGGCCUUCUGAGCGCGGGGCGCGCCUCGAGCCGGCCGGACGCCGACCCUAACUAGGGAGAGUUUUCCGCGAUGCCGGGACGGAGGGCGGGGGCGGUGCCGCACCUGCGCCCGCCCUGUGGAGCGGAGACGCCCUGGCUCCCGCCAGGCUGGGGUCGCGGCGCGGGCAUCGGUGCCUGCGGCGGGGACCCGGACCUUCGGGGCGAGCGCAGCGAUUAGGCGGCAGCGGCGGGGCUCCCCGGGCUGGCAGGGGCUGCUCAGACCCGGAGUCCGCUCCAUCUGUAGGGUCGAGGUCUGGGUCGCGACCGCGAGCGCCUCUGCGGCCUGAGCAGGUCGGGUGGGGCGUUCCCAUGGCGGCGGCCGCGGGGCCUGUCGUGCGGGCGCCUCCGCGCCGCCCGGGGAGGGGGCAGUGUCCUCCGAGCCAGAACAGGCAUGUUGUUGGGGCUGGCGGCCAUGGAGCUGAAGGUGUGGGUGGACGGCAUCCAGCGUGUGGUUUGUGGGGUCUCGGAGCAGACCACCUGCCAGGAAGUGGUCAUCGCACUAGCCCAAGCAAUAGGCCAGACUGGCCGCUUUGUGCUUGUGCAGCGGCUUAGGGAGAAGGAGCGGCAGCUGCUGCCAGAAGAGUGUCCAGUGGGCGCCCAGGCCACCUGCGGACAGUUCGCCAGUGAUGUCCAGUUUGUCCUGAGGCGCACAGGGCCCAGCCUGGCUGGGAGGCCCUCCUCAGACAGCUGUCCACCCCCGGAACGCUGCCCAAUUCGUGCCAGCCUCCCUGCAAAGCCACGGGCUGCGCUGGGCUGUGAGCCCCGCAAAACACCGACCCCCGGGCCAGCCUCCAGCCUCUCACCCCCUGGGCCUGCAGCCCCUGUGACACCCACACCAGGCUGCUGCACAGACCUGCGGGGCCUGGAGCUCAGAGUGCAGAGGAAUGCUGAGGAGCUGGGCCACGAGGCCUUCUGGGAGCAAGAGCUGCGCCGGGAGCAGGCCCGGGAGCGAGAGGGACAGGCACGCCUGCAGGCACUAAGUGCGGCCACUGCUGAGCAUGCCGCCCGGCUGCAGGCCCUGGACGCUCAGGCCCGUGCCCUGGAGGCUGAGCUGCAGCUGGCAGCGGAGGCCCCUGGGCCCCCCUCACCUAUGGCAUCUGCCACUGAGCGCCUGCGCAACGACCUGGCUAUUCAAGAGCGGCAGAGUGCGGAGGUGCAGGGCAGCCUGGCUCUGGUGAGCCGGGCCCUGGAGGCUGCAGAGCGAGCCUUGCAGGCUCAGGCUCAGGAGCUGGAGGAGCUGAACCGGGAGCUCCGUCAGUGCAACCUGCAGCAGUUCAUCCAGCAGACCGGGGCUGCGCUGCCACCGCCCCCACGGCCUGACAGGGGCCCUCCUGGCACUCAGGGCCCUCCGCCUCCAGCCAGAGAGGAGUCCCUCCUGGGUACCCCCCCUGAGUCCCAUGCUGGUGCCCAGCCUAGGCCCCGAGGUGGCCCCCAUGACGCAGAACUCCUGGAGGUAGCAGCAGCUCCUGCCCCAGAGUGGUGUCCUCUGGCAGCCCAGCCCCAGGCUCUGUGACAGCCUAGUGAGGGCUGCAAGACCAGCUGCCUGGACCACAAAAGGAGAGUCGGCAGCCACAGAGGGCUCCUCCGCCACGCAGUGGGGAGCCCUGGGUUUGGCCUCAGGAGCUGGGGGUGCAGUGGGGGACUGCCCUAGUCCUUGCCAGGUCUGCCAGCACCCUGGAGAAGCAUGGGGCGUAGCCAGCUCGGAACUUGCCAGGCCCCAAAGACCACGACUGCCUGUUGGGGACGGGAGAUGCAUGGACUGUGCUCAAGCUGUGGGCACAUGCUUGCCUUCGGGAGAGGUCCUUCACUUUGUGUACACGGCAAGAGCCUGUGUGUGCCACUUCCCCUUCCCCAACGUGAAAACCUCAAUAAACUGCCCCAAGCGGC